AUGGACGUUCAAGCUCUUCACCAGUGUUUCCUCGGAACACUUCAGGCCAGCCCGACGAUCAGAAAGCAGGCUGAAAGUCAGUUGAAACAGGCUGAGACUAUCGUGGGCUUCUUGGGAGCCUGUUUAGAUAUCUUAGAGGCAGACUCUGUUGAGCCUGUCGUGAAACAUGCAUGUUCCAUCUAUUUUAAAAACCGCAUCCUCAAGUAUUGGGCCGAUCCGAACGGUCACAUCGAUGAAGGCGAAAAACCCGCCAUUAGAGAUAGAAUCAUUCCCAUGAUUUUGAAAUUGGAGCGUACGUUAAGAAACCAGUUUGUUCCUGUCUUGAGCGUAAUGAUAUCUUCUGAUUUCCCUACACAUUGGCCAAACUAUAUCAGCACCACAAAACAGCUGCUCCUCAAUACUUCCGAUAUCCAAUCCAUGUACACGGGAGUACUAUGUUUUUCCGAGCUGGCCAGAUACUAUAGAUGGAAAACCAACGCUAAUCGUCACCAGGAACUCGACCCAAUCAUCGUGGACAUAUUCCCAAGUCUUUUGCAGAUCGGCCAACAAUUUGUGGCCAACCCUUCUGCAUACGAUAAGCAUUUCGAAGCUGGCGAAAUAGUCAAGCUCAUCAUCAAAUCGUACAAGUUUGUGGUGUACCACGACUUGCCGGAACCGUUGCAACAACAAGACAGUUUCUUGCAAUGGGUCACGUUCCAUGUCAGCGUGAUCAACAUGGACCUACCUGCAUCUGUGAUGAGUUUGGACCCAGAAGACCGUUCGCUCAGUCCGUGGGUGAAAAGUCAAAAGUGGGCCUAUGCCAACUUGUACCGUCUUUUCGAAAGAUACGGCUCUCAAAGACUCUCCAGCCGUUUUGAAUACACCGAGUUCCAAAGCAUGUUUAGCAAUAACGUUGUUCCUGGACUGUUGGAAGUGUAUUUCAAGAGAAUAGAGGACUGGAGACAGCAGAAAACCUGGAUUAGCGGCGCUUCCAUGUAUCAGAUCAUUUUAUUUCUUGAACAAUGUGUGGUGCAGAGCUCUUGUUUUCAGCUUGUCCAGCCUCAUAUCCCUCAAUUGAUAUCAGAGGUGGCAUUUCCGCUGUUGAUCCCCACGGAAGAGGUGCUGGACAUGUUCAACAACGACCCAACAGAGUACAUCCACAUGAUUCUGGACUUUUACGAGGAGACAAACUCGCCCCAAAUUGCAGUUCUGGGCCUCAUUUACACGCUUGUUGAGAAAAGACCCAAGGUCGCGCUGGAGCCAGUUCUUCAGUUUGCAUACCAGAAGCUGGAGUCUUUCUCAAAAUUGGCCGAGUCUGAGGAUGUUGCCAAGGAGAAAGAGUCUGUUCUGCGGAUUGUGGGCCAGAUCGCCCGCAGACUCAUGGCUACCAAGUCUCUUGCUGACCAGAUAGAGCCGUUCUUGGCCAGCUAUAUCCUGCCAAACUUCAAGUCCCAAUAUGCAUUCCUCAGAGCACGUACCUGUGACGUGGCUACCAAAUUCGAUUCCCUGGAGUUUAAGGACCCAAACAAUUUGUCUGUGCUUUUCAAUGGCGUGCUUUCGUGUUUCAACGAGUACGACAGUCUUCCGGUGCAGUUCGAAGCUGCCCGUGCGAUCCAGGCGUUCUUGUCGUUUGACCAGUUUAAAGAGGCAUUGGGAUCUAUUAUUGUGGAGUCUAUGGAGAAACUGCUGGAGUUGUCCAACAAAGUGGACAGCGAUGCUAUUUCUGCUGUUAUCCAGGAGUGUGUCGAGUGUUACUCUGCGCAGUUGCAACCGUUUGGAGCCAACUUGAUGGCCAAACUUAGCGAGCAACUGCUUCGUCUUCUGACCGAGAUCUACGAAGCUUCCAACAGCGGACCUGAUGCUCUGGACACGGACGACGUUACUGACAAGCAUGUUGCUGCAUUGGGUGUUUUCAACACGAUGGUGACAGUCCUGUUGUACUUUGAAAGCUCACACGAACUGAUUGCUGGUCUGGAGCAGAGUUAUGCUCCGGUUGUGCAAUACACUUUCGAGAAGGAACUCGACGACUUUUACGCUGAAGCUGCAGAGUUGAUUGAAAACACGCUGUUUUUGACCAGAUCUGUGUCGCCAGCUAUGUGGACGCUGUUUGAGAGCAUGGUCACCGCAUUAAUGAAGAACGACUUGUCGAUUUUUGUUGAAGACGUGACUCCAUCGUUGAAGAACUAUCUGGUUUACGGAGCUUCCGUCUUACGCGAGAACAAGCAGUACCAGGAGGCCUUUUUCCAGAUCAUUGCGCAAAUUCUGUCUGGAGAGGACUCUGAAAUUGGCGAGAUUUAUGCAGCCGACGAGUUGGCAUCCACUUUUGUGCUAACGCUGGACAAGUCGUCGGUUGCUCCGUACUGUGGCCGUUUGGUGCAGACGAUUCUGGAGAAACUGUCCUUGGAAGACACUAUGCACUCGUCGGACAGUUUCAAGAUCUCUUUGCUGGGUGUUGUGAUUUCCGGGCUCGUGGUGAACCCAAAUGUGUGUGUGCAGACUCUGAUGGAGGCUGGAGCGUUGGAAUCGUUCAUCUUGAGCUGGUUCAAGCUUGCUCCGAAGAUGAAGCACGUUUUCGACCUCAAGGUGAGUGUUUUAGGGUUCUUUUCGUUGUUGAGCAUCGAGUUUGAGGCAUUGAAACAGUUACAACUGGACGGCGUGAUUCCUCAGAUCGGUCACGCUCUGGCGAUCCAGUACGAAAAGCUUCCGGCAGCAAUUAGUGAUUUGGAGAAAAGAAGAGCCGACUUUAAUGCCGACGAGCAUCUCUCAAAACAGGAGUUUAGCGACGACUGGGACGAGGACGAGGAGUCCAAUGCUACACAGGACUACUUGCAAUUUUUGGAGAGAGAAUCUGGACUUUUGGACGUGGACGACGACGAGUACGAGGAAGAUCCGUUCUCCAACACGGUUUUGGACAACAUCAACGUGUUCAAAGCAUUGAAGGAUUGUAUGGGCCAACUGCAAGCGUUCCCGGAGAAAUAUCAGCUGCUGGUUGGACAAUUGGACUCUAAAGAACAGACGACCCUACAAAAUAUAGUCCAUAUUGCACAAUAA